CACGUUGUGCCGGGUUUGCGGUGCAUUUGCUCCGGCUGCCUUUGCUGGUUUCUGAUCAUGUCUUCCAAAAAGAACAGAAAGCGGCUGAACCAAAGCGCGGACAAUGGUUCGCCUUUGUCCUCCGUUCGCGCAGGAGCCGGGGCUGCUUCCCCUGAGUCGGACCUCGCGGUGGCGGCCGGAUUACUGGCGGUGACCAACUUCCUAGAAAAGGUGGAUGGCAAAGUCCCUAAAACAUUCCAAAAUUCCCUUGUUCAUCUUGGACUCAACACUAUGAAGUCUACAAACAUAUGUAUAGGUCGGCCAGUGUUGCUUACCAAUUUGGAUGGAAAGCAAGAGAUCUAUACAGCCUGGCCUGUGGCAGGGUUUCCUGGAGGCAAGGUUGGCCUUAGCGAUAUGGCACAGAAGAACAUGGGAGUGAGGGCUGGUGAUGCCAUCCGAGCCCAGCCUCUGCUGGGUGCCGUGCUACAAGCUGAGGAGAUGGACGUGUUACUGAGUGACAAAGAUAUGGAAAUUAAUGAGCAAGAGCUGACAGGAUGUAUUCUGAGAAAACUAGAUGGCAAGAUUGUUUUACCAGGCAACUUUUUGUAUUGUACCUUCUAUGGAAGACUGUGCAAACUUCAAGUGUUGCGAGUGAAAGGGGCAGAUGGCAUGAUCCUGGGAAAACCUCAGAGUGACUCCAAGACUGGUACCCAGGGAUUGGCCUCUGAACAGUCCAGCACGGAAACCAGUAGCCUGGAUCUGUCCUUCCAGCUAAGCCAGUUAGAUCUUGAAGAACCCCGAAGCCCAACAUCACGAAGUACUCCUUGUAAACCAGGAGAUGACAGAAGUGUAACAAAAGCCAGUGAUGUUUUGUUGGGUGUUACACAGAGCCCUGGAGAUGGCAGUGGACUUGAACUCAAGGAAGUCACAAGUCUUAAAUGUGGUUCUGAGUCUGCCAGAGAAGGCAGUGAGCAACUUAACAGUGAGGAGAAAUUGCUAAAAUCCAUCUGCAUGGGAGCAAAGUGCAAUACUGAUACUUUUUAUUUUAUUUCUUCAACAACAAAAAUCAAUUUUACAAAGAUUCGUACAAAUGCAAAAGAGCAAGAUGACUCAUUGAAAGUUACUUAUGACAUGAUAGGUGGCUUAAAUAGUCAGCUGAAAGUAAUUAGAGAAAUGAUUGAAUUACCUCUCAAACAGCCUGAACUUUUCAAGACUUAUGGAAUUCCUGCCCCUAGAGGAGUGUUACUCUAUGGUCCUCCAGGUACUGGAAAAACAAUGAUUGCCAGAGCCAUUGGUAAUGAAGUUGGAGCCUAUGUUUCUGUAAUUAAUGGUCCUGAAAUUAUAAGCAAAUUCUAUGGUGAGACUGAAGCAAAAUUACGUCAGAUAUUUGCUGAAGCUACUCAAAGGCAGCCAGCAAUUAUUUUUAUUGAUGAGCUGGACGCACUUUGUCCUAAAAGAGAGGGGGCUCAGAAUGAAGUGGAGAAAAGAGUUGUAGCUUCACUCUUAACCCUGAUGGAUGGUAUUGGUUCAGAAGGAAGUGAAGGACAGGUCUUGGUCCUUGGGGCCACAAAUCGUCCUCAAGCUUUGGAUGCAGCACUCCGAAGACCUGGACGUUUUGAUAAAGAGGUUGAGAUUGGAGUUCCUAAUGCUCAGGACCGGUUAGACAUUCUCCAGAAACUGCUUCGAAGGAUACCCCAUUUGCUCACUAAAGCUGAGCUGCUGCAGGUGGCUAACAGUGCCCAUGGAUACGUUGGAGCAGACUUGAAAGCUUUGUGUAAUGAAGCAGGUCUCCGGGCCUUUCGGAGAGUCUUCGAUAAACAUCCUAACCUCUCUGAUAGCAAGAUGGCCGGAUUGGUAAAGAUCAGUCUAAGAGAUUUCUUGCAGGCAAUGAAUGAAAUCAGGCCCAGUGCCAUGAGGGAGGUCGCAGUUGAUAUCCCAAAUGUAUCCUGGUCAGAUAUAGGAGGACUGGAAAAUGUCAAACUGAAAUUGAAACAGGCUGUGGAAUGGCCGUUGAAACAUCCAGAGUCUUUCAGCCGAAUGGGUAUUCAGCCUCCUAAAGGAGUUCUCCUGUAUGGACCCCCUGGAUGCUCAAAAACAAUGAUAGCAAAGGCUUUGGCUAAUGAAAGUGGCCUGAAUUUUCUAGCUAUAAAGGGGCCUGAAUUGAUGAAUAAAUAUGUUGGUGAAUCUGAAAGAGCAGUUAGAGAGAUCUUCAGAAAAGCAAGAGCAGUGGCUCCUUCCAUUAUUUUCUUUGAUGAACUUGAUGCCUUGGCAGUUGAAAGGGGCAGUUCUUCAGGUGCUGGGAACGUAGCUGACCGUGUUUUGGCUCAGCUCUUAACAGAAAUGGAUGGCGUUCAACAACUAAAGGACGUGACUAUUUUGGCAGCUACUAAUCGCCCAGAUAGGAUAGAUAAGGCUUUGAUGCGGCCUGGAAGAAUUGAUAGACUCAUCUAUGUGCCUUUACCAGAUGGAGCAACAAGAAGGGAAAUAUUUAAGCUACAGUUCCACUCUAUGCCAAUCAGUAACGAGGUUGACUUGGAUGAACUGGUCCUCCAAACUGAUACAUAUUCAGGGGCAGAGAUUAUAGCCGUCUGUAGAGAGGCUGCUCUCCUGGCUCUGGAAGAAGACAUUCAAGCCAACUGCAUUAUGAGAAGGCAUUUCACUCAAGCCUUGAGCACUGUCACACCCAGAAUUCCUGAGUCACUGAGACGUUUCUAUGAAGAAUAUCAGGAGAAGAGUAGGCUACACACCUUCUGAGAAGAUAGAGUCGUUAGGAUUAACCCUUUCUAGAGAAAAUUUAUUUCCCUUAAAAAAUUUGUCGUGAGUGUUAAAAGAAAUCCUUAAUGUGGAUGCCAUGUCUGAAGAGCAUUCACUGAAACUGAGGGGCUUCAGUGCUCACAAACAUUUUGAAUCGAUAGGGAUACGAUGAGAGUAUCUGGCUGUGAGUUUAAGUCAGUUUUGAUUGACAAUGUAUGCUAAACUCUAAAAAGCAAACAUUGAGCUUUUUCAGUUUUGUGCUGGUCCAUUCAUGCCACAAAAUGAUUUGCUUACCCCAGAAUCUGUUUUGGUACCUUCCUAAGUGCCAAACCUGUGGGUUCCAUUUUCGUAGAAGAAUAUAGAAAACGUGUGUGAGUGAAUGCAUGGUGAGAAAUAGUCACAAAUCUUCAUUUCGAAGGCCAGCAAGUGAAUGUGGUCUUGUUUCCAAAAAAUGUUUUUGUUUUCAUUAUCAUAUGCCUGCAUUUUUGCUUUAGCUUCUUUACAUGUACCUAGGCAAAAAUUAAAAAGUAAAGGAAUUAAGAGUUACUUCAUAUAAUACAAUGCCCUUUGAAAGUUUAAAAAAUUUUAAGUGUAAGCCCACUAUAAGCCUAGAGCGAUAGGCUUGGUUUUAUUUUCAUAAAAUGCUAUAAAUAAAUCAAGUGAAGUGUUCCUGUUUUAACUUGCACAUACAUUCAGGUUGACAGUGUACUUUACGGUUCAAAGAUAAUUCAGGUUGUACUCUUAAUCAGAUUGUUUUCUGUUGUAGUCCAGGUAUAUUUAUGCCCCUAGUCAUUUAUCCUUAUAAUUUCUUGACUCCCUAGUAUUCCAGCAAUACCCUCAGGAAAGCUUUCAGAAAGUGAUCCCCAGACUUCCGAUUAGAAGCUACUUAGACUGCACUUCAGUUUGUUAACUAUAGAUCAUUGAAAAUUCCCAGAAAGACAAGCCAGGCAAGAAAUACCUGACUGUCAAAAUGAACAGGCCGUACGGUUCCUUGGGGACAGAUAUUCUGAACCGACAUCUCAGCUGUUUCAUUCUGUGACUAUCAGAUUUGAAAGGCAACAUAGGUUUACCAAUAUAUAAAACCAUGAAGAGACACAGAGUAUUAUUUAGAACUGUGCUGUCAGGUAUAAUAACCACUAGUUACACAUGGCUGUUUACAUUAUAAUUACUAAACAUUUAGUUUGUCAGACAGGUUAGCUACAUUUCAGGUGCUCAGCACCACAAGUGCAAGUGUCUACCGUUCUGAACAGUUGGAGUAUAGAGUAUUUCCAUCAAUCAGAAAUUUCUGUUGGAUACUGCUGAUUUAGAAAAUAAGGCUAACACAUCAACAUAAAUAGAAAAACUCAAAAUUACUUUCAUGUUUUUCCAUUUUCCCUUCAGUUAGUGUCUAUAAAGAAAAUUAUGAAAAGAGAGAACUUUUACUUCUUCCCUAAUAAAUACAUGGCUGAGGGUACAGGAAAAUAAGAUAAAAACUUAUACUCCGGGACCUAUACAAGAAAUUGAAAGAGACCUUAUUCCCAGGUAACAGCCAGACUGGUGAGCCUGAGAGCUGGGUGGUGGGCAGGAGGGAGUGCCAAUGUCAGUAUGUCAGCCCUUCAAUCCAUGUGACAUAGAAGUUAUCACCCAGCUGGCCCAUCAUGCCGUGUAGACUAGAAAGGAAAUUCUGUCAAGAACCACCAAGUUUAUAAGGAGCCUCUGAUUUGGUCUGCC